ACGGACAAACCCCGUAAUAGCGGAGCUGUGUCAGUGCUAUUAGUGACGUCGCGCGCAGUGUAGGAAUCUCUAACGCGGACGCAUAUAAGAGAAGAAGAAAAAAUAGAAAAAAUGAGCGAGAUUCGCGUAUAGAUACUAUAGAGACAAAUCGACUUCCGGAGAAAGACGAGAUCGCGAGAAAAAACUACCCCCCCCUCCUCCCUCCCCCCUUUACGAUGCGAGUGCUAUUCGAUUACGCGAUUACGAUGGGAUUACCGUAUUCAUUCAGAAUGGAAGAGACGACGAGCGCCGCGACGAAUGCCCGUUUCUGACCGAGCAACGACCGAUUGACUGACCGACAACAGCCUAGGAUAAAUUUAAUUCACGUCGGCCCGCCGUGAUUUGGAUUAAUAUCGGUACCGAUUAAGAUGCACUCCAUGUAUUCAUCUAAAAAAGGUGAUCCUCUUUGCCCUUUGGGUUUCCACCCGCAGGUUCGAUGGCCAACACGUUGCAAACGAUGUUUUAGAGAUUACAAAGAGCAUGGCGGCAGAAGAAAUAGUCUCGGAGACAUCACUUCUUCGUCCCCCAGUCUUUCCUCAGAUUCUACACGCGGACCCGAGAACAAAAGGAUAUGGUCUUCCGCUACGAAUUUGGCGAAAGACGAAACCAAGAAUGAUCAUUUGCAACCGCCGGCGUCAGCUGGAUGGACAUCGCUGAUGGAUCUUUCCGCUAUAGAUAAGAAUCCAGAAGACGCUCCUAAAUUAGAAAAUGUUAGAAAACCGGCGAAGCUUCAAAUAAAAAAUGUGAUAAGCAACAGUAAGAGUGGCACUUCGGAAAACGACGUCGAAUUUAUUAUUCAGGUAAGGAAAUCACGAUCAGCACCGUCAAAACAGGUGGUCCAGGACGGGCCGGAUAAUGUUAUGGUAAAGAGAGAAGAUAUCAAGGAGAAUGAAAUAGAAAAAUUAAGAUCUCAGUUAAAUGAUAUGAGAGCAAGAUGUGAGAAGGCAGAGAAAGAAAAAAGCGAAAUAUUACUGCGUCGAUUGACGACCAUGGAGACAAUGUCGAACAAAACAUCGACAAGCGAAGUGACAAAACUACAAAAGAAAAAUGAAGCACUUGUGCAAGAGAAAAAUGUAUUGUUAGCAAAGAUAAGAAGUUUGGAAAAAGAAACAAUUAGUAAACCGUACAGAGGUGAGAAGGACAAAACUCAUGACGAAUUACGUUCGAAACUGAAAGCCGCAGAAAAUCUUUGCGAAAGUUUAAUGGAUGAAAAUGAGGAUAUGAAAAAGGAAAUCAGACAGUUAGAAGAAGAAAUCUAUGAGUUGCAAGAUAAUUUUAGGGAUGAACAAGCAGAUGAGUAUACUCGUUUACGAAAAAGUUUGGAGCAAUCGAACAAAAAUUGCCGAAUAUUGUCAUUCAAAUUGCGAAAAGUAGAACGCAAAGCCGAAGAAUUAGAAAAUGAUCGGUCAGCUUUAGAGAAGAAAUAUGAAGAGGUAAAAAAAACAGAAGAGAUUUUGCAAAAAGUAAGCAGUGCAUUCCAGAACAGAACGCAAAAGAAACCGACAGAAUCCACAACAAAAUUGCAACUUAAAAAGAUGGUUGACGAAGUGGAGAAAGAAAUAGAGGACAUGCUAAAUAUCUUUACCAAUAUUAAAAAUGGACAUAACGUUGACAUACCGGAUGUAAACUCGAAAGAUAAUAAUACUGUACAGUAUGAUAAACUUGUAAAAGAAUAUGAAUUGCUUAAAGAAAAAUUUGAAUCUGCUGUAAAAGAACUGACUAGCGAAAAAGAGAAGAAAAAAGUUCAGCCAAAUGUAAAAGUAGAAGAUACCAAAAAUGUGGAUUUACAAAAUGUGAAGAGAAAGUUGGACGAAGUAGUUACUUUACGAGAAGCUGAAAGAAAAGCCUGGGAUAAAGAAAAACUGGCACUUUCAGAAGAAAAGGAGAAAUUGAAAUCUAAAUUAUUAUCGCUAUCAUCCGAAAAAUUAAAAAUUUAUAACGAGGUUGUACAACUAAAGAAAGAUCUCGAAACAGCUAAAACGUCAGAAAAAGAUACAGCAACGAUGGAGACAACGAUAAAUGAAAUAACAGAAAAACUUUCGCUGGAACAAGAAAAGUGUAAAAGGCUACAAGAUGAUUUGUCAUCGUACACCGAAAGGGAAUUAAAAAUGUCGCAAUCGAUAACAUCUGUUGAACAGAUGAAAGCUAAGCUUGAUUUUGAGGUAAAACGUUUGAAAAAGGAAUUAGAAAGUACAAAGUCUACGACAUCAACGAAGAUCACCGAUCUAACUGCAGAGCUUACAGAAGUUAAGCAAGAGAGAGAGAAAUUAACAUCGCAACUUAAUAGCGAGAGAAAAACGAAGGAAACCGAAGUAGCAGUACUUAAGAAAAAAAUAACUUCCUUAGAAAAAGCUGGGCAAAAUACAAAACGCAUGAACGAGAUGAAAGAAACUUACGAUGAAAAAAUAUUAAAUCUCGAGAAUGAGAUUAAGAAACAUCAACACGAGCAAGAAACUCUUACGAAACAAUAUCAAGAGCUUACGAAUUCAAAGCUGCAGAUUGAAAGGGAGAAUGAAUCUUUGAAUAGCAAAUGUUCGGAACAUAAGAGAGACUUAAAAAAUAUACAAACCGAACUUGAAGAGUUGCGUAAUUUGAUAAGAACGAAAGAGAGUGAGUGGCGAUUAGAGAAAUCUGCUCUUGAGGGUCAAAUUCGUGAUACUCAAUUGCCGAACAAAGUUAUUGUAGAAGAGUUAAACGACGAAAUUAAUACAUUGAAGAAAGAGAAUGCCACUUUAUUGGAACGAUUGGAGGAUGUAAGAAAGAUAAAUGACGAUUUGUCUACAAAACUGAAAGAUUAUCAGGCAGUUUCCAAGAUUCAUCAAGCAUUGACACCUGACACCACAGCAUUGGAGUCAGAAAUUCGAAAAUUAAAGAAUGCUUUGACAAACACAGAGAAGGCUAAAAAGGCAGAUCUGGCGCAGUGUAAAAUGCGCUAUGAGCAUAGAAUUACGGCGAUCAACGAUGAGAUACAGGCAAUCCAGAAUCAAUUAUCACGAUACAAGCGCGAACGUGAUACUUACAAGCAUAUGUUAGAAGGCGCGCAAAAAACUAUAGGCGAGCUAAAAUCUACGAGACAAGGUAGACUCUCUAAUGCAUCUUCGGGAAAAUCCGAUGAGGAUGAAGAAUCAUCGAAAGCUAACAUCUUAGUUCUAGAAAAACAAAUCAGUUGUAUGGAAGACGAACUUUCUGAGACAAAACUAGAAGCUUCCAGACUAAAGGCUGAAUUAGUUUCGGAAAAAUCAGCUAGUCACGUUAAAGUCUCUGAAUUGCAAUCCCGAAUUAACGAGUUGGAAGAGGAACGAUUGCUCACCAGCGGACGCUCGAAGAUUCCAGGAUUGAAAGUGCGUAUGGAGUUGGCUUGGCAAAAAGAGAGAGAAGAACAUCAAAGAUUACUGCAAGAAACGGCAACGUUAGCGCGAGAUCUGCGACAAACAUUAUUCGAGAUAGAAAGAGAACGUAGCAAAGAACGGCUUGAAAACAAAAGGAGACAGGAUCAGUUAAAGAAAGUGUUUGACGAAGAGAAGGAUGAAAAUAAGAAAAAAUUAUCGGAGUUGCAAUGCGACCUACUUGAGCUGCGGGACGCACAUGCGAAGUUAAGAACGAGCAACGAAAAAAUGAGACGUGAAAAAGAGCGGCACGAGAAGGAGAGGCAAGAACUCAAAGAAGUUAUAUUAAAUAAAUGCAAAUUGGAGCAAACUGAAUUGCGGAACAUUAAUAUUCUUAUGCAACAAGUACAAGAUUUGUUACAGCUAUUUCCUGAAUUAAAUACCGUAACGGAGAACGGAAAAUCUGAUAUAUACACGCCAACACCACCGAGACGAUUGAAGGGACCAAAAUCCAGGGAGUCAUCACCAAUGUUAGAGACAAAAAGCGAUGUCAAAGCUGUAACUCCAAUACUUGGCGAAAGAACAGAAAAAUUAGAAUAUACUAUUAAAAAAUUAAUGAGCGUGGCGAAAGAACUUAAGGAAUCAAAGAAGACGACAGAUGAAACGAACGCAAUGCGGUUGAAGAAAUUGGGGAAGAGAGCAACAUCAGUAGAAAGUGAUCCAGGAAAAGGAGUGGUGUUAAAUCGCGGUAAACCACGUUUGAAAAGAAAGAGUCUUUCUUUGGAACAAACGUCUGGGCACCAGGAGUCUGCAGGAAUUUGGGGCACGGAUAGCAACUUGUCGAGCAUGCAAUCAUUAGAGGGAUCAGAAGUCGAAUCUCGCGGAACUAGUCGACAGAGAGAUUCCAGUGUAGAUAGUCGCCUUUCCGGAGGGUCGACAAAGAGCGAAAUGUUAGAUCGGGACAAGAAAUACGGCAAGGGCAUAAUACGAAAAUUAACACAUAAGUUAACUAAAUCGUCUAGCGUCGAUGACCCGAACAUGACCGACUACUCGCUUCAGACAUCUGGUUCUGAAACCAGCAUCAACGAAACCCUUAAGUUGGAAAAGAAGAAUCUAAAGAAGAAAUUAACAGCCAUGUUCAAAAGAGGUUCAAGAAGCAGCAGCGUAGAGAAAAAAACUGGAACCGGCAAUUCCAGCAGACCUGCUUCAAGAAAUUCCAUGACAUCGAAUUAAUAAUCCCACAUCUUGUUAAGAAACUUGAUAUUUUGACUAGACGUCACGAUUACUUCUCCAACGAGAGAGAGAGAGAGAGAGAGAGAGAGAGAGAGAGAGAGAGAGAGAGAGAGAGAGAGAAAUAUUACAUUCUAUGAUACUGUAAUAAAAAGGCGGACUGCUCAAAACUCAUAUUUAGAUAUAUCGGGAUGAUUUUAAUAGAAAAAU